UCUUGUGGAAAGCUUGCGAUCUUGCUUGACGUGUGACACCAAUACGCUCGUCAGCAGAAACACCUAUUAGUGGGAACGUUAGAGGUACAACUUGGGUUCAUCAAAGAUACCUCUAUCAGAACCAAGUGGACUACAUUUGAGCAACAGCAGGCAGACAUGCCCUUGCGACCAAGGGCUUUGUCUCAACCUGGAAGAGCCAACACUCUUCCAAGCCCUAAAGCCGUACCAGUUUUGCGCCCGAGAGCUCUGUCAUCUCAAUCAAAGUCCGCUUUAGAAGAUGAGCUUUCUUGUCCGGUUUGCUGUGAUAUCUUCACAGAUCCUGUGGUCCUGAAGUGCAGUCACAGUUUCUGCCGCAUGUGCCUUCAGCACUUCUGGAAUAAGAAAGGAGCCAAGCGGGAAUGUCCGGUGUGCAGGAGGAAGUGUUCUUUGACGGAGCCCACGGUGAGUCUAGCUUUGAAGAACGUGUGUGACGCCAUCUCACAGGAGCAGAAAGGCUCGGGAUCUGCGAGAGCGGGGCCAGGUACAGCGAACAGAGACUCUAAACCAGAGGCUCUUUGUGGCACUCAUGGGGAGGGACUCAAAUUGUUCUGCCAAGAUGAUGAAGAGGUUCUCUGCUGCGUUUGUCAAACGUCAAAGAAACACCAAGGCCACAGCGUAUGUCCUUUGGAGGAGGCAGCAAACGAUCUCAAGGAAGAAAUGCGGCAGAUUGUCGUCCCUCUUAAGAAAAGUCUCCGGCGCCUCUAUGAAGCCAAACAAGAAUGUGAUGACCUAACUGCCCACAUCAAGAACCAAAGGCAACAGACAGAGCAACAAAUUCACAAGGAGUUUGAAGAGCUCCAUCAAUUUCUUCUGAAGGACGAGGCUGCGAGGAUUGCUAUUCUAGCAGAAGAAGAAGAGGCAAAGAAACUGACGAUCAAGAAAAAAACCGAUAACAUCACUCGUGAUAUACUCACAUUUUCCCAUGCCGUCAUGGCCAUUGAAAAUGAGAUCGCUGGUGACGACAACCAGUUUUUGCAGAACUACAAGAACGUCAAGAAGAGGGCGCAGAUAACGUUUCACGAACCAGAAAAUGUUCUGGAUUCUCUAAUCAACAUUGCGGAACACAUCAGCUCUCUGAGUUUCAGAGUGUGGGAAAAGAUGCAGAGUAUGGUGGAACACACUCCAGUGACGCUGGACCCCAACACAGCCUACCCCUGUCUGUCUCUUUCCAAGAACCUGACGAGUGUGUCCAACACGGGGACUAUGAAAGAGCUGCCUGAUAACCCAGAGCGCUUUGACCACUUUGUUUUUGUAUUAGGCUCCAAAGGUUUCACCUCCGGAUGCCAUUCCUGGGAGGUGGACGUGAGCCUAAACAAUGAUUGGGUGAUUGGUGUUGUUAAGGCAUCCAUAGCCAGAAAAGGCAAAAUCGCAGGAUGUCCAGAAGGUGGGUUCUGGACCAUUGCCCUUUCUGAUGGGAUGUACACGGCCAUGACGACCCCACACACCCCUCUCAAGCUGGAGGGCCACCUGGAGAAGGUUAGGGUGAAGAUCGACUAUGGUGCUGGAGAGGUCAGCUUCUUUGACUCUGUGGACGUGGCACCUAUUUACACAUUUAAGGACCACUUUACAGAGAGGAUGUUCCCUUUUUUCUGUCCGGGAGCAAAUAUUAAUGGGAACAAUCCAGGCCCACUGAAGAUCUGCCCUGUGAGAGUGGCUGUGUGGAACAGCGACUCUUGGUGACAGUUAGCCC